AUGACGGAAACCGGUCUCGCGGAGAGAAUAGACACUGCAAUCGCAGACUUCUUUGCAUCAUGGAAUCUUUUGACUACUCUUCUUGUUGUGCUGUUGGCUGUUCUCCUCGCCUAUCCUCUGUUGACAAGUAAAGACCCCGACACACAUCCUUUUCUUCUUGCAAGACAAUCACAAAUAGCACCUAUCCGUCAGCCUGGUGAGUCGGCUGUCUACCGUGCAAUUGAUAUCCCGCAUGGCUACCCACUUCGUGCGGGACUCGGGGUCAAGGAUGCCGGAACUCCGAGAUGGAGUGCUGGCAGACCUGGAGACCUUCGUGACAUCUGGAGACAGGCUGUCCGAGGUGUCGUGAAAGAGGAUGGUACUCCCACGGGGGAGAGAGGCCAGAUGCAGACUAUCUUGGGAAGGGAGAAGAUCGUCGACCACAGCCUCGAUGAUCUCACCCUCGAGAUCAACGUUAUCGGACAGUAUGUCAAACGCAACAAUGGACAGUCUGUUGCCGUCUCGCUGUCGAACUCUCCUGAACUAUUGUCCUCUGUCUUCGCCGGUUCGUUCUAUGGAUUUUCCACAAUUCUUCUACCAUAUGGGCUCACACCAGACAAAUAUGGCCCCCUCUUGUCUCACACUUCUGUCGACCAUUUGAUUGCUGAAGCUGGUUCACUCGACCUUGACGCUGUCUUGGCUGCGAACAAGGGCAUAAAGAACAUCAUUUGGGUAACCAAAGCUGGUAGUCAGCACCUCGAUUGGUCCAGCGAUGCCCCUCAAGAAUUUACUGUCACGUCCUGGCAGGAGCUCAUUGGCAGCAACCGAAGAUCGACCAACUCUGAAGUUUUACCUCUUGACAAAGACUCACAAGUGCCUCCGGUCUCUAUUUUCACCCCUACACCUGGUGGAAGUUACGAUCUCAUUAAAUACACUUCCGAGAACUUGAUAUCCGCCACGGCGGCCAUUCUAGCCACUCUGCCACGCUCCUACAAGCUCUCGACAUCCGACACGGUUCUUCCAACAACCAGUCUGACUGACAGCUACACUUUGUCCUGGGCCUUCGCCGCAUUGUAUUCCCACUCGACACUUGCCCUCAACUCCGUUGCGGGCGACCAAAUCAGACUUGAUGUUGCCAUUUCAAGAGCCAAACCAACCGUGCUUAUUGCCUCGCCCAAGGCAGUAGCGUCCUAUCUGUCCGACCCACGCACCAUCAAACCUUCUGGACUCUCGAAAUUUAACGACACACGCAAUCUCCAAGCGGGCAACCUCCCAACCAAGAAAGGCAGCGUCCCAAGCUUGCCAGCUCUCUCCGCCUUGCGCAUUCUCCUGGUUCCCCAAGCGUUCACUACCAGCACACGCCCAAGCCCGACACUCCACUCAGCAGAUCUUCACGCGCUCCGUCUCCUCCUAGGUGCACGCAUAGGCUACGCGUUCACGACCCCACUCGUCGCUGGUGCUGUCGCACAGACCAACAUCCUCGACUACCGAGACAAGGGGCGCGACGUGAUCUGCUACGGCGCACCACUAAGCUCCGUCGAGAUCAAUCUCGAGGGCGAUGAGGAUGUUGUCGGCAGCUCUACUCCAAAAGGCAAGCUCAGUGUCAAGGGUCCCGCCGUUGUCGGGGGUGGGAAGAUCACUUUGGACAUCACCGUCCAGAUUGAUAGGGACCAUACGCUGAUCUUGCCGUGA